CCCGUGCUUUCGACCAUUUGGUUUUCGUGUCGGAUUGUCAAAACAAUUGGGGAAUAAAUCCAACUUCCCGAUACUCUAGUGUUGUAGACACUUUUUAGUCAAUAAUAAUUAUCGAAAAAGUAGGGAAACGCGUCAAGCAAUAGGUCUAUAACGAUGCCGGCCUACCAUUCGCAAAUCAAGGAUUACUCGCAAUCCGUGGGCAAUAUGGCCAUUCUGCCGAUCCGAACGCAGGCCCGUGGACCUGCACCGGUGAACGCUAGCCUCGAGCAGGACAUAAUCGAUGAAACGCUGUACUACUUCAAAGCCAAUGUGUUCUUCCGCACGUACGAGAUCAAAUCGGAGGUGGAUCGGGUGCUUAUUUACAUCACCCUGUACGUGACAGAGUGUCUAAAGAAGCUGCAGCGCUGUUCGAACAAAAAUCAAGGACUGCAGGAGAUGUACACGUUGGCCAUUUCGCGCUUUGACAUUCCGGGUGAAGCGGGCUUUCCGCUGAAUGCCGUUUACGCCAGACCGAACUCGCCAGCCGAGGCCGAACUGAUGAGACAGUAUUUGCAGCAGCUGCGCCAGGAGGUCGGCAUUCGUGUUUGCGAGCGGGUAUUUUCCGGUGAGGACGGUAAACCGAACAAAUGGUGGCUGUGCUUCGCGAAGAAGAAGUUCAUGGACAAAUCGCUGUCCGGACCGGGCCAGUAGGAUAGUAUUUUCUGACAGGGACGGUAUUACGGUUUUGUUUUGUACGUGCAUUUUGGUCCCUAUCAAUUUCCCUUUAAAUAUAAUACAUUCUGUGUAAGUUCUCUA